CAUGCGCCCGGGUCGGUUUCCCCGCCAGGGAGCGGCCGGCAGUGGGAGGGUUCUGGGCGGCCGCCUGGGUCACCAGCCGCCAGGCCCGCAGGCUAGAAGCGCUUGUUUUUAUCCCCGGCUCCGCUGCGAUCCGCCUUGUGCCUCCGCUCGGCGGUCAGAGCGCCACAGAAGCCCCCGGACUGCAGCCAGCUAAUCCCAUUCUGAAACAUGGAGCGUGUUGCUGCGGCCAGUACUACCUUCGCCCUUGACCUUUUCAGGAAGCUGAGUGAAAACGAUCCUGGAAAGAACUUGUUUUUUUCUCCUUUGAGUAUGUCUUCUACCCUAACAAUGGUCUUUCUGGGUGCGGAAGGCAACACAGCAGCCCAAAUGUCAAAGGUACUUCGUGUCACCCAAGAUCAAAAAUCUGAACCUAAAGAGGAGAAAAGCAAAACCUUUCCAGAUAUGGAGCAGCAGAAAGUCCGUUGUGUAUGGCCAUCUAGUGUCACUUCCACAUACCAACAAAAACAGCUGGAACAUCCUGUGGUGUUGUCUGUGAACAAAACUGAAGAGAUCCACCAGGGAUACCAGAAACUGAUUUCUGAAAUUAACAAACCGGGCACCAAGUACUUGCUUAGACUAGCCAACAGGCUCUACGGAGAAGCAACCUAUGAAUUCCUUUCAACUUUUACAGAUGCCUGUGAGAAGUUUUACCAUGCAGGCUUAGAAAGGCUUAAUUUUGCUGAAAAAGCAGAGGAUUCUAGAAGACACAUAAAUUCCUGGGUAGAAGAAAAGACAGCAUGUAAAAUCAAAAACCUGCUCACUGAGGGAAUCAUUAACUCUCUUACAAGGCUGGUCUUGGUGAACGCUAUCUACUUCAAGGGAAACUGGGCAGAUCAGUUCCUCCAAGACCGUACAAUGGAAAGACCAUUCAAAAUUAACAAGAAUGAAACCAGACCUGUGCAGAUGAUGCACAAAAAAGCUAAAUUCAACUUGACCUACAUAGCAGAUUAUCAAACCCAAAUCCUUGAGCUCCCGUAUGUUGAUAAAGAGCUGAGCAUGAUCAUUCUGCUUCCUGAUGAAAUCCAAGAUAAUUCCACAGGACUGGAAAAGCUGGAGAGAGAAAUUACCUACGAGAAACUCAUGGACUGGAUCAGCCCAGAGAUGAUGGACCUAACCCAAGUUGAAUUGUCUCUUCCCAAGUUUAAACUUGAAGAAAAAUAUGACCUGAAGCCUGUUCUGAGCAGCAUGGGCAUGACAGAGGCGUUUGACAUGCGCAAGGCAAACUUCACCAGAAUGUCAUCCGGCAAUGACUUAUUCCUCUCAGAGGUUGUUCACAAAUCCUUUAUCGAGGUCAACGAAGAGGGCACGGAGGCAGCUGCUGCCACUGCAGCGAUUAUGAUGUUGCGGUGUGCAAUGAUUGUGCCACAAUUCACCGCUGAUCAUCCCUUCCUCUUUUUUAUCCGGCACAACAAAACGGGAACCAUUCUGUUCUGUGGUAGGUUUUGUUCUCCUCACAUCAUCGCACUUCCAUUUCUCUUAGCCGAGUUCCGCUCCAGAAAUCCGUCCCGCCUCUUAUCACAUCCCCCCUCCAGCUGUUCAAGGUUGCUCCCUGAAGCGCAGUCCCCGGAGAGCGUCUUCUCGGCAGCCCACGCCCUCUCCGACUGCUGCUUUGCUUUGCAGAGCCAAGUUAUACCUCCGGCGAGCAACGCUGAUUCCACGCCCGGAAAAAUUUUCACCAUGGAGAAAUUGGCUGCUGCAAAUGCCCAGUUCGCUCUCAGUCUCUUCCAGAAGUUCAGGGAAGCCAACCCGACGGGAAACAUUUGUUAUUCCCCAUUCAGUAUAUCCAUUGAAAUUGCCAUGAUCUUCUUAGGGGCCAGAGAUAACACAGCAACACAAAUCGCAAAGAUAUCUCAUUUUGAUGUUGUUGACGACGUUCAUUCAAAAUUCCAAACACUCAAUGCUGAGUUUAACAGGAGUAAUGCGCCUUAUAUAUUGAAGGUUGCUAAUCGGCUGUACGGAGAGAAAUCUUACAGCUUUUUGCAAGACUUCUUGACUAGCACUCAAAAACUAUAUGGAGCUGAGUUAUCUGCAAUAGAUUUCCAAAAUUCUGCUGAUGAUGCCCGAAAGCAAAUUAACCAGUGGGUGAAGGAGCAAACUGAAGGUAAAAUCCCUGACUUGUUAGCUGAAGGUUCACUUAAUGAGAUGACCCGAUUAGUUCUGGUGAACGCUAUCUACUUUAAAGGCAGCUGGGCAGAGAAAUUUCAAGAGGAGGAUACGGAGGAGAGGGCUUUCAGGCUCAAUAAGAAGGAAACGAAGAUGGUGAAGAUGAUGUACCUGAAAAAGAAACUUCCUUUUAUGUACAUCCCUGAAUACAAAUGCCGUGUCCUAGAACUGCCUUACAAGGGAGGAGAACUUAGUAUGAUCUUCUUGUUGCCUGAUGAUAUUGAAGAUAACUCCACUGGCCUGGAACAGCUGGAGAAGGAACUCACCUUAGCAAAGCUCCAACAGUGGACACAGCCAGAAAAGAUGUCUUCUUUCAAUGACGUUCAUGUGCAUUUGCCUAAAUUUAAGCUGGAAGAGAGCUAUGAUCUUAAGUCAAGUUUAUCAGCCUUGGGCAUGUGGGAUGUCUUUGACAGCGGCAAGGCCAAUUUGUCUGGAAUGUCAGCAUCCCGUGAGCUCUAUGUGUCAAAAAUUGUCCACAAGUCAUUUAUAGAAGUGAAUGAAGAGGGUACGGAGGCGGCGGCAGCAACUGCUGGAAUGAUGGUGCUCUGUAGUCUUCCUAUGGAAGAGGAUUUCAAUGCUGACCAUCCCUUUCUGUUUUUUAUCCGACAUAACCCAACAAAAACUAUACUUUUCUUAGGGAGAGUUGGUUCUCCAUGAAAAGUCAAAUAAAUGGUAGAACCGUGCGGUAGAGCCUCAAAACUAGGUUUUGUUUCUUACCUUGUUUGAGAGAGUAGCAAGAUUGCUUAGUAAAAUGAUUUCAUUGCAAGCUUGGAUUCUCUCAUGCUUCUUUGCUGAUUCUCUUAGUAAGUUUUAAAACCAAGUCAGGGUAUUAAUGGCUUCAAAUGGAGGUGGCCUUUGGAAGAGAUGCUGCCGCAAAGCUGGAUGUGAAAAUCUUGGGAAUAGUUGUUCAGUGGGAGGCUUUCCUUAGCAUUGACAGAUUAUUAUAGUGUGGUGCAAUUUUUCAGGAAGCUGCUUUUGCUCUAGUUAAUUUAGUAUAACCAAACUUGAAAAUGGGUGCUGCUAGGCUCUUCUCUUGAAGAGAGAGUUGGCCCUGGCAUACAGCCACAUUGAAAAUACAAAGCUGAAUGAUAUAAUGACCUGUAUAUAAGAAAACCCACAUGAAAUGGUAAGAAAACUUUGGAUAUAGUUCACCAUUCAGUACUUGGAAGGUGGCAGGGUGCCAUCUUUGAUCAUGGCAACAACAGUUCGAUGUAUUGUCGAAGGCUUUCACGGCCGGAGAACGAUGGUUGUUGGGGGUUUUCCGGGCUGUAUUGCCGUGGUCUUGGCAUUGUAGUUCCUGACGUUUCAUCUAAACCACGCACUUCAGGCAAAUGGCUACUCCAGAAAUGAAAUCCGAAGAGCAAUCAAACCCAGGAUGAAUCAAACAACCAAGGAAAAACAGUCACCUACAGGAAAAGUGUUUUUGCCAUAUAUCAAAGGAAUUACUGAUCAGAUGGAAAAGCAUAACCUUCAAGCAGUAUUCAGACCCACCCGAAAAAUACAACAGAUGCUACGAUCAGCAAAAGACAGCAGAGACCCCCUCACCUCUGCAGGAGUAUACCGUAUACCCUGCAGCUGUGGACAAGUUUACAUCGGGACCACAAAGCGUAGCAUCCAGACAAGAAUAAAAGAACAUGAAAGACACUGCAGACUUGGACAGCCUGAAAAAUCAGCAGUGGCUGAACAUAGCCUAACUCAAACAGGGCACAGUAUCUUAUUCCAGGACACCAAAAUACUGGACAACACUUCCAACUACUUUGUCAGACUGCACAGGGAAGCCAUUGAAAUUCACAAGCAUAAGCAAAACUUCAACAGGAAAGAAGAAACCUUAAGAAUGAACAGAGCAUGGACUCCAGUUCUGAAAAACACCAGGCCAACAAAACACUCCACACCCGACAAUAGCCCUGCAGAGAAGAUUAGCACAUCAAGCACCAAUCCAUAUGCAAAAGAACCUCCUCAGGAUUCAGUGAAGCCUCCCGCCAUUAGCAUUCCACACCCUGGGAAACUCUUACAGAAUGACUCAGCUCAACCCCACCCCUCCUGAGUAGAUACAAAUGACCUACAUCUUUUUCACACUGUGACACUGAGAGAUCUCCAUCUUUUGGUGCUACACCUCUGAAGAUGCCAGCCACAGCUGCUGGCGAAACGUCAGGAACUACAAUGCCAAGACCACGGCAAUACAGCCCGGAAAACCCCCAACAACCAUCGCAACAACAGUUCUUUCUUGAUAAACAGGUAAUUUGGGUGUCCAUCCCAUUUUUUUCCACAAUCAAUUAAUUCAAUAAAGAGGUUUAAUUUGUUCUAAUGAUUCUGGUCAGGUCUGAUGGACAUGCACUUAAGAAGCCUUGAGCAUCUAAUUAGCUUUUCUGUAUCAGAUCAGUAAUCUCCAGGCAACAAGUACUCCUCAACGGUAUUUUUGGCUCAUACAAUAAUAAAGGCAUAGUCCCGUCCUGGUGGUUGAAAAGGCAGCCUAGAUGCCGUUCCGAGUACACAUCAAGAACUAAAUGGGACCAUUUGGAAGGAAAUCUACAAACCUUACCCUGUACAUCUCACUGUAGACUUACUCUGAACUGUGCCCAUUUGACAUAGUACAAGAAGACCAUCCAUUCUGUCACUGCACUGCUCAGUCCCUAGGGAUUUUUGUAGUGGCCGUUUAAGUCUUAUGUUGGAAAUCAGGGUAAAGUCAUAACCACAUUUCAGGAAGAUGACAGCAGACCUUUGAAUUUUUAUGAUUUCCAUGCUGCCAAGGAUGGAACCAACAGCAAGCACCUUUCGUUUUGAAAUUGCAAAGGUUUUGUUAUAUCAUGGCAAGUUGUGAAUUUGGUGAUGUUCCCUUAUUGAACUCUCUAGUUAUUUUCCCCUGAUCCGUUAGGGUCGAAAAGCCUGUGCUGUAGUUUGGUUUCACUUCCUCUUCUGUUAGUUGGCUGUUGGUUUUCUGCUAAAGCAGAGGCCAGAGAAGGCCCUGCUUUCGUUCCAAUAAAACAUUCAAUCCUUC